AACUGAGGGAGAAUUAGUUAAUUGAGAAUCGAAAAGGCAGGAGUCAGCACUUCAAAAGUUAGUUAGUGCUCAAUUCUAACUUCUCAUUGUAGUAUUUUAUUCCUAUCCAUUUAAAGUAGAGGUGCUCAAUUUUUUUGUCUUCCUACAUAAAGGAACACACUCAAGAAAGGGAGGUACUAAAGAAAAAAAAACAAGCAUGAUGUCUCAAAAGGCAAAAACUCUCAUCUUAAGCUCAUUCUUGUCAUUUUUGGGUGUAUGCAACUCUGCAUGUAACUUUGGCUUAACAAAUGCAACAAGCACAAAAAUCAAAGGGAUGUUUGUAUUUGGGAGCUCACUGGUUGAUAAUGGGAACAACAACUUUCUUGAGAAAUGUAAGGCAAAGGCAAAUUACUUGCCAUAUGGGGUAGAUUAUGCCAAAGGGCCAACAGGAAGAUUUACAAAUGGGAAAAAUGUGAUUGAUCUUCUUGGUGACCAUCUAAAGCUUCCUUCACUUCCAACAUUCAAAGAUCCUUCAACUAAAGGGAAUGUCAUUCUUCAAGGUGUUGAUUUUGCUUCUGGUGGUUCUGGCAUUCUUGAUGAAACUGGUGUUGCUUCUGGGGAGGUGAUGGGCAUGAAUGAACAAAUCAAAAACAUGCAAACUGUGACAUUGCCUGACUUGGAAAAUCAACUUGGAUGCAAAAGCAAUGAAGCACUAAGCAAUUACCUGUUUUUGGUGGGAACUGCAGGAAAUGACUUUUCACUAAACUUCUUCAAGAAUUUUCCACACAACAAUGCUACUCUUACAGGCUUCAUUUCUAAGUUGAUCACUGGACUCUCUCAACAGAUACAGAGGUUAUAUGACAUGGGAGCAAGGAAAUUUGUGGUAAUGUCAGUAUAUCCAAAUGGGUGCAGCCCAACGGUUAGGGCUAGAGUGCCCAUUCCAGUGCCCACGGGGUGCAUACACACAAUAAAUGUACCUCUAAGUCUCUACAACACUAACUUGAAGAGCUUGCUGGAUUACAUGAUGCAAAAAAUGCCUGAUUCUAAGUUUGUUUAUGUUGACGUCUUCAACAUCAUUAAGAAUAUCGUACAAACUCCAUCUCAAUAUGGUUUUGAUAAUACCAUAGAUGCUUGUUGUGAAGUUACACCAAUAAAGGAAGGUGGGAAUGCAGCUUUGUGCAAAAAUGGAGGGCAAGUUUGUCCAAGUAGGAACAAGUAUGUCUGGUUUGAUGGCUUGCAUCCCACAGAAGCGGUAAAUAUUGUGCUUGCUAACAAGGCCUUUGAUUCUGAGCUCAAUACUGAAGUCUACCCUACAAAUGUUAAAAAACUCAUUGAAGGCUAACCUAAUUAAUAUGUAUUUCAUGGUUUUAUUGAUCAUCUCUUGGACUAGGUAGCACCAACAAUUGUAUUGGUGUAGAAAUGUACUUCAGGAUUUAUGAUGGUUAAAAUAUGUAGGACCUUUUUAAAGCCUAGUAAUACGAGAUUUUAGAACUUUGGUGGUAGCUUAAUUAUAUGCCCCAUUUUGACAAGAGAUUUCUAUGUUAAGAUGUAGAAGAUGGAUAAAAUAAAAUACUAGAAUCGUUUUCUUGUUU